AUGAUGAUGUCAGAUCUUCCAGCAGAUUUGGUAGAAGAAAUACUCUCUAGGGUUCCCGCCACAUCUUUGAAACGAUUACGGUCUACUUGCAAAGAGUACUGGAACUCUACUUUAUUCAAAGAGCCAAGAUUCACCGAGAAGCACUUUCGUCAAGCUCCAAAGCAAUUUCGUGUUCUCAUGUGGAAGGAUUGUAGAGUUUAUCCAAUGAACAUCGAUCUCAAUGUUAUUCCUCCAUCUAUAGAGUUGAAAGGUGCACUUGACCUAAAGUAUUCCCUUCGUAAUUCAGAACAACUCGAUAUAGCUGAAGUUUUUCACUGCGAUGGUUUGUUGUUAUGCUUCACCAAAGACAAUAGACUCGUGGUUUGUAAUCCGUGUUUGGGGGAGACCAGGUUGAUCCAACACGAAAAUAGUUACAAGUACUCUACGUUUGCUCUAGGAUACGAAAACAACAAAUCUGUCCGCAACUACAAAAUCUUGAUGUAUUGGGAAUGUUGGGAAAAAAACGACAAAGUUAGUGGAUUUGAAAUCUAUGAUUUUAGCUCUAAUACAUGGAGAGCUUCUAAUGCUCCAAACUGGGUGAGAGCAAGAUUUGGUGGCGUGACUUUGAAGGGAAAUAGUUACUGGAUUACUCGUGGUGACGGAGACAACUUACUCAGAUUUGAUUUUACUAAAGAGAGAUUUGGACGUCUGUGUCUUCCCCCAUCUCACAAUCAUGGUUAUAAGUCGCCAUCAGUUGUUAGAGAGGAAAAGCUUUCAGUCUUACAGCACAACUUUGAUACAUUAAAGAUAGAGAUAUGGGUGACCAAUAAAUUUGAAACUGAAGCAGACUUGUUAUGGAGCAAAUCCUUUACAGUGGGCUUACACUUACACAAUAGUAGUAUUCCUCCUUUCAGGAGUCUUUUAAUCGAUGAGGAGAAGAAAGUGAUCUUGUGUUGUGAUUCAUCAUGUUAUUGGGAGAGGAUGAACGUGGUAUACAUUAUUGGAGAGGACGAUGGGUAUUACAAAAAAAUCCCUUAUAAGCAAGAUCCAUGUUGGCCAUCAAUUAAUAAGGUUCCAUGUAUUUUCAAUUAUGUUCCAAGUCUGGUUCAAAUCCAGUAA